AUGCCCACCCAGCCACCCUAUACCGCUCACAUUGGUAACCUUUCCUUCGACGCCACCCAGGCCGAUAUCCAGGAGCUCUUCGCUGAGUGUGAGGUUACCAGUGUCCGUAUUGUGGAGGAUAAACUUACUGGAUCCCCAAAAGGCUUUGGCUAUGUUGAAUUUGCCUCAGUUGACGGCCUCAAGAAGGCACUAACAUUCCAGGGUACCUCCCUUCAAGGGAGAAAUAUCCGAGUGAGCAUUGCAGAACCUCCCAAAGACCGACAUGAUGGAAGAGACCUUAGCGACUGGACCCGAAAGGGCCCACUGCCUGACCUUCCAGGUCAGAGACGCGUAUCAGAUCGCCCAGGUUUCGGUGGCGCCCGCAAUUUCGACCCUGCUUCUGAUGCUGCAAAUGAGCGCCCUGGCCGACGUGGCUAUGAAGCGGCCAACGACGGUAGAUCGCGUGAUUUUUCCAACUGGGAGAGAAAGGGACCUCUUUCUCCUAGCCUGCAAAGCGCUCCCUCCAGGGAGGGUCGUCCCCACAGCAAAGAUGGCCCUCAGUUCCGCAGAGCCUCCCCAGCAUGGGGUGAAGGCCGCUCCCAAGACGGCUCUCGACCCCCCCGCCGAGAAUUUACCGAGCGUCCUGCUCCUGAAAGAGCUCCAACUGCGCCCGAGCUUGAUAACCAAUGGAGAGCUAGGAUGCGGCCGGAUGCUCCUGCUCAACCGGAAACUCCUGUUGAGCCUGUAACUCCAACUGCCGCCGCCGCAGCUCCUGUCCCUGGAGCAAGACCGAGACUUAACUUGCAGAAGAGGACAAUCCCUGAGUCGGAGGCUACUGCACCCUCCCCAGCUGUUGCCGAAGCCCAGUCCAGUAUUUUUGGAGGCGCAAAGCCCAUUGAUACUGCUUCCCGUGAAAAGGAAGUAGCUGAGAAGCGAGAGCUGGCCUUACUACAGAAGAAAGAGGCUGACGAGAAGGCUAAGGCGGAACGCCUAGAGAAGCAAAAAGCUGAGAAGGCUGCAAAGGAGGAGGCCGAGAAAGCAGAAGCAAAUGGAACCAAAGAAGAUACAACAGAAGGAAAGCCUGUUGAAAUUCUAAAACGUGAAGAAGGCGAGGAGAAAGCUGCCGAUGAGAGUGAAAAAACAGCUGAAAAGGUAGCCGAAAAGGCAGCCGCUCCUACACAGAAGACUGAAUCUGGUCAAGACAAGGGCCGCCCACCGCUACAAAGCCGGACAAGCAGCAGCUGGCGAAACGGUGGUGGACGUGGCCGUGGUGGACCACCUCACAGCCGUGGAGGAUCUCGCAGCACCUCCCAGCGUGGCCCUCCUGCUCAAGGUACUCCAUCGGAGACUGCAUCUCCUGCAUCUCCUGCUACUCCUGAUGAAGACGGAUGGAGCACCGUCAGCGCAAAGCAGAAGAACCCCCGUCGUGGAAACUAUAACCGUGGCGGCCAGGCCUCUUAG